AUGGCCCAUAAGAGGUCACUGGAGGCACUGGACAGAACGUUGAAAGAUCUUCGUGACAAGCCAACUAUUUUCGGUGGGGCCAUGAUUCUGUUGUCAGGUGAUUUUCGUCAGACUCUUCCAGGUAUUCCCCGAUCAACUGUUGCUGAUGAACUAAAUGCAUGCCUAAAACAAUCGAAUUUGUGGCAGUAUGUAAAGACGCUCCAAUUAACAACUAACAUGCAAGUAUUUUUGGAAGAAGAUGAUACUGCGAAUGUGUUUGCAAAGCAGUUGUUAGACAUUGGAAAUAAUAAAGUUGCAGUGAACACCUCGACCGGAUUCAUCACGUUACCCACAGAUUUCUGUCACAUCACAGACUCAAAAGAAGAGCUUAUUCAGCGUAUUUUCCCAGAUGUAGCGCAAAAGUUAAAUAACCAUAAUUGGCUGGGUGAACGAGCAAUAUUGGCGGCGAAAAAUAAAGAUGUCGAGGAUCUCAAUGCGACCAUUCAGAAUUUUCUUCCAGGACAGUUGGUUUCCUUCAAAUCAGUCGACACCGUUAUGAACCAGGAUGAUGUUGUAAACUAUCCCACGGAGUUUUUAAAUUCACUGGAAUUGUCUGGAUUACUACCUCACAAUUUGCAGUUAAAAAUAGGGUCAGUUGUCAUGGUGCUGCGUAACAUUAAUCAACCUCGACUGUGCAAUGGAACAAGACUGGUUGUGGAAAAGCUGAUGAAUAACGUCAUUGAGGCAACAAUCAUAAAAGGAAAAUACAAAGGAGAGGAUGCCUUGAUACCGCGGAUACCAAUGAUUCCAACGGAUUUACCAUUCGAUUUUAAACGCUUACAAUUUUCACUACGCCUGGCCUUUGCGAUGACCAUAAAUAAAUCGCAAGGACAGUCGUUAGAAGUUUGCGGAAUCAACUUGGAGUUUCCCUGUUUCGCGCAUGGACAAUUAUACGUCGCGUAUUCGCGUGUCGGACAACCGUCUUCUUUGUUUAUUUACGCACCACAAAACAAAACAAAAAAUAUAGUUUAUGAGAAAGCUUUAAAUUGA